AUGUUUAGCAAUGAGUGGAAGGAGACGGAAGGGGAAGCACCCGUGAUUGAGAUCAAGGAUACCAAGUAUGAAAUAUUUGAGGCUUUCCUCUUCUACAUUUACAACGACAAGGUCAAAUUCGCUGGGAACGAGUACGAGAACAUUUUUAACCUCAUGCAGUUAGCCGACUCGUAUUGUGACCUCAAAAUUCGUCAGAACUGUGAGAAAAUUCUGAUUCGAAAUAUCAGCGAGGAAAGUGCUUUCUUCCUCGUUCGUAACGCAUCCUUGGCUAAGGCUUCGAAUUUGGAGAGGAAUAUCGUCAAUUUCAUUUUGGACAAACGACUCCUCGACUUAAACUUGUCGCCUCAAGAACUCGUGGAAUUAUUGGGAAUGGACGCAUUUCAUACAAUUUCGCUCGCCGCACUUCAUCGACUGUAA